AUGAGUGAAACUAAAAGAAAACAACACUUUGUGUUAGUACAUGGUUCCUGCCAUGGCGCGUGGUGCUGGCAUAAGGUUAAGCCGCUGCUUGAGGCGGCAGGGCACCGUGUAACCGCCUUAAACUUAUCUGCCUGCGGGAUAGAUAUGACUAAGUCGAUCACUGAAAUCUCCACAUGCGAACAAUACACCGAGCCAUUGUUGAAGCUCCUAAACUCAUUGCCAAGUGAUGAGAAGGUUGUGCUCAUUGGUCAUAGCUUUGGAGGCUUGAGCUUAGCGAUGGCCAUGGAUAAGUUUCCUGACAAGAUCUCUGUCUCUAUCUUCUUGACUGCUUUCAUGCCCGACACCAAAAACUCACCAUCCUUCGUCUUGGACAAGUUUGGAAGCACCAUGCCACUAGAAGCAUGGAUGGGCACCGAAUUCGAACCAUAUGGUUCAGACAAUUCCGGGCUGAGUAUGUUCUUCAGCAAUGAGUUCAUGAAGCAUGCUCUCUACCAACUUUCUGCUGUUGAGGAUCUUGAACUUGGAUUGAUUUUAAAGAGGCCUGGUUCGUUGUUUAUGAGCAACUUAUCGAAAGAGAAGAACUUCUCAGAUAAAGGAUAUGGAUCUGUUCCUCGAGCUUACAUAGUGUGCAAAGAGGACAAAGGCAUUCCGGAGGAAUUCCAAAGAUGGAUGAUUGAUAAUUUUCCGGUGAAUUUAGUGGUGGAAAUGGAGGAGGUAGAUCAUAUGCCAAUGUUCUGCAAGCCUCAGCAACUCUGCGAUCACUUCAUGGAAAUCGCAGACAAAUUCGUUUAA